ACCAACUACAGUAAUGUGGUGAAGGCCCCAGGCUCAGAUUCAGAUGAUGAGGACAAGCUGCACAUCGUGGAGGAGGACGGGAGUCUGGCAGACGGGGCUGACUGUGACAGCAACGUACCCAGUGAAGAUCACAACGGAGACCGCUGGGAUGAAGGUGAGUCGAUAGUCUCACACACACACACAGAGUGAGACACGCACACACACACACACACACACACGCACACACACAGAUCUCUGUCUCUCUCGCCGUGUCGGUUUCUCUGUGUGCAACAUUUUGCUGAACGUUUACUGUAGUAAUAUAAACCUAUGAAUACUGAUUAUUCCUUGCACUGAACUCAGUAAAGGUGAUGUCAGUUAAGAAUACCUAAUACCUUGACCGGGCUCUGCCUGCGUGUGACUGUGAGACAGUGAAAGGAAGCAGGUACUACAGGCUGCAGGGUUAACACUAAGACAGGAAGCCUGGUAUUUAAACAGGACAAUGCCACCAGGGUAGAGACCUUCAGCUUUUUAAAAUAGACCUGCCACGGUGAGAGCUUUAUGUUGCUAGUGGGCAUUGGAGUGCUGUAGCGCACUGUGAUUGAACUGAGCUUACCUUACGCACAUACUCACACACAUACAGUAUAUACACGCGCACAAACCUACAUAUACACACACACACAAACUCACACACACCACUACACGUGAAAGUGACAUCACCGCGGGAAGGGUCUGAUGUCACGUCCCAGAACACAACAAUGUGAGAUGUUAUUAAAGGAUGUUAACAUUUCAACAGCUGCCUCAAGGCCAUCUUGUAGGGAGCAUUAGGUCAUGGUGUGUAUACAGUACCAGUCAAAGGUUUGGACACACCUACUCAUUCAAGGGUUUUUCUUUAUUUGUACUAUUUUCUACAUUGUAGAAUAAUAAUAAUAAUAAUGAAGACAUGAAAACUAUGAAAUAACACAUAUGGAAUCAUGUAGUAACCAAAAAAGUGUUAAACAAAUCAAAAUAUAUUUUAGAUUUGAGAUUCUUCAAAAUAGCCACCCUUUGCCUUGAUGACAGCUUUGCACACUCUUGGCAUUCUCUCAACCAGCUUCACCUGGAAUGCUUUUCCAACAGUCUUGAAGGAGUUCCCACAUAUGCUGAGCACUUGUUGGCUGCUUUUCCUUCACUCUGCAGUCCAACUAAUCCCAAACCAUCUCAAUUGGGUUGAGGUCGGGUGAUUGUGGAGACCAGGUCAUCUGAUACAGCACUCCAUCACUCUCCUUCUUGGUCAAAUAGCCCUUAAACAGCCUGGAGGUGUGUUGGGUCAUUGUCCUGUUGAAAAACAAAUGAUAGUCCCACUAAGCGCAAACCAGAUGGGAUGGCGUAUCGCUGCAGAAUGCUGUGGUGGCCAUGCUGGUUAAGUGUGUGUUGAAUUUCUAAAUAAAUCACAGACAGUGUCACCAGCAAAGCACCCCCACACCAUCACACCUCCUCCUCCAUGCUUCACGGUGGGAACCACACAUGCAGAGAUCAUCCUUUCACCUACUCUGUUUCUCACAAAGACACAGCGGUUGGAACCAAAAAUCUUCAGACCAAAGGACAGAUUUCCACCAGUCUAAUGUCCAUUGCUCGUGUUUCUUGGCCCAAGCAAGUCUCUUCUUUUUAUUAGUGUCCUUUAGUAGUGGUUUCUUUGCAGCAAUUCGACCAUGAAGGCCUGAUUCACCCAGUCUCCUCUGAACAGUUGAUGUUGAGAUGUGUCUGUUACUUGAACUCUGUGAAGCAGUUAUUUGGGCUGCAAUUUCUGAGGCUGGUAACUCUAAUGAACUUAUCCUCUGCAGCAGAGGUAACUCUGUGUCUUCUAUUUCUGUGGCGGUCCUCAUGAGACCAGUUUCAUCAUUGCGCUUGAUGGUUUUUGCCACUGCACUUGAAGAAUCUUUCAAAGUUCUUGAAAUGUUCCGUAUUGACUGACCUUCAUGUCUUAAAGUAAUGAUGGACUGUCGUUUCUCUUUGCUUAUUUGAGCUGUUCUUGCCAUAAUAUGGACUUGGUAAAAGACCAUCACCUAUUACCAAAUAGGGCUAUACCCCCCCCCCCCCCCCCCCCCCCACCUUGUCACAACACAACUGAUUGGCUCAAACGCAUUAAAAAGGAAAGAAAUUCCACAAAUUAACUUUUAAGCUGGCACACCUGUUAUUUGAAAUGCAUUCCAGGUGACUACCUCAUGAAGCUGGUUGAGAGAAUGCCAAGAGUGUGCAAAGCAGUCAUCAAGGCAAAGGGUGGCUAUUUGAAGAAUCUCAAAUAUAAAAUAUAUUUUGAUUUGUUUAACACUUAUUUGGUUACUAUAUGAUUCCUUAUGUGGUAUUUCAUAGUUUUGAUGUCUUCACUAUUAUUCUACAAUGUAGAAAAUAGUAAAAAUAAAGAAAAACCCUUGAAUGAGUAGGUGUUCUAAAACUUAUGACCGGUAGUGUAUGUAAAAAGACUUAUAGAACUGAAUGUCCUUCAUGGUUAGAAAGAUGAGUUUGGUAAUCCGUUUAGCUGUCAAUACAGAACAGAUUUGAGCAUUUAUUUUUGUGGACUGCCUGUGACACAGACAGUUUCAAGCUCCAACAGCUGUCUCACACCUGACUGACAUAGUGUAGCCUUCUCUCCAGACAGAUCCUGCUGUCAUUCAUAUCACUAUUAUGCCAUAUCCAUCCCUGUCCAUCAGCACGCUCCCUCUUAAAGGGGAGGUUGGAGAAGAAUGUAAUUGGUCUCUGAGAACAUUAAACACUUCAAAAGCAUGAGUUAUACUUAAAUGGCCUAGGCCCUACAAAACUGGCUGCUGGCCGGAUCCAUGCCUAAUCAGGCACUUUCCUUCCUCUCACUCUCCCUCCUAAUUUUCUCCCUCCUAAUUCUCUCUCUCUCUUUCUCUGCUCGUCCUCCGCUCUCUCUCCUCGUCUCUCUCUCUUUGUCCUCGUCCCUCUCUAUCUCUUUCUCUCUCUCUCUAAUAAACACCAGCUCUGUGGGAAUAAACUGAUGAAACAUAAUGCAAGUCUCAACCCUGUUCCUUUUAAGACGAACACACCUCUCCACACUCAUCCUCCCUCGCUCUCUCUCUGUCCCCAUUGCUUUUUUUCUCUGGAAAACAGUUGUCAGUACUCUAGGUCGGCGUAACCAUUGAAAGCUGCAGCCACCCACUAAUCUUUCCCUUACUCUGGCUGCCUGGCGCUCGCUCAAAUUAAAGUCUUGACGUGGUUUUCACUCUGCUGCAGUCCCUCGCUCCCUCCCUCCAUUUCCCCCCUCUUCCUGAAUCAUUCCUCCUGAUUAUAUGGUAUCACUGGCCCCUUGCUCACUGUCAUUACUCAUUUAGUUCUAAAUGAAUAUCCACUGUAGCACCGCCGCAGCCCUUGGAGUAAAACAUUGCCUUACCCACCACCUCAGCGAAGAGGCAGGAUGAUUCUAUGUACCAAGAAGAGGGAAAAAAAGGUAUUGAAAUGGGAUUUGUUCCAUUACUGAUUCAUUAUAGACUGUAAUCUCUGUUCAGUUCAGAGUGAACGGGCAGGGAGGAGUGGAAAGAAGAGGAAAGGAGAAUACUAGGAGGUAUCCACUAAUAUAUAGUCAGUGGAGGUACCUAAUACACUGAUCUCAUGAAACGCAGGUUUAACUGACCUGCCUUAUGAAAAUAUACAGGGUUCUUUCCACUUGGUAAGAUUAGUGUGUUAUUAGGCAUGGCAUGUGCUCACGUCAUAUGGUCGAUACACAGUAUGAUGAUGUCGUUUUAGUAAAUUCCUUCUGUCUGGUCACUGCCAUUCACCUAAUAGCUCUUCUGCAAUGGGCCAUGCGUUUCCCCUGAAGAUGAGUCUCAAUAAAACAUUUGAAUGCCCUGACUCAGGAUAAUAGCUACAGCAGGAGUCAUGGGCACUUGUGAGCACAUACUAAUUUCCUGUAGGGCUUAAGUCAUGAGAUGCUCAGUCAGUAAGUUAAGACACCCUGGAAGAACAGGAAAGGAAAGGGUAACCGACGGAGGGAAAGGGCACUGGGAAAGUUGUGUGGUGGAUCCUCAGGGACUGACUCUGUGAUAAUACUGAACUCAAGUUAAGUAAAGCAUCCCAAGCAUAGAUAUACACAGCAUAGAUAAUAUAUAUAUAUUUUUUUUUUUGUCAUUUAGCAGACGCUCUUAUCCAGAGCGACUUACAGGAGCAAUUAGGGUUAAGUGCCUUGCUUAAGUGCACAUCGACAGAAUUUUCACCUAGUCGGCUCGGGGAUUAGAACCAGCGACCUUUCGGUUACUGGCACAACGCUCUUACCCACUAAGCUACCUACCGCCCUGUAUAUAUACCUCACAUUCAUCCCAGAUCCCACUGGCUUGCAUCCUGUUGUUUCAAGAUUAUUUUAACAGACUGGAUCUAUCACUCACUCUCUGUUGUGCAACUGCUUAUCUCAGAGACAUGUUGGCUCCCCCUCUCCUUCCCCGAUAGAGGACACCUAGUAGGGGCAGGAUGCACGGCCACAGGAAGUAGGGGUCAAAGGUGAGUCCAGCUCACCCAGGACAGGAAAUGCUGAUGUGGUCUUGUAUAGUUAGGCUCAUGGGACACCUCUGUAUCAGGUUGCAGAGAUAGUGUGUGGGUGGUCUGAUGAUUCUGGCCUUCUAGCGUAAGCUAGGAUUUAACUCUUUAUUUAAGCACAACAAGGAAAGAGGGUUUUUAUAUCAAGGAUCAAGGCUGUUUAACAGUAUGUAUAGUCGCUAUUCACGUCAUAAACAAGUAGUCCCUGAACAGCGGCCACCAUUGGGGAAAACAAUUGCCAUUCCCGAUCUGCACCCAUACAGCAUAGCAUAGAUUUACGUAGUUAUUACUUCUAAACAUACGCUUAGGGUUCUCAUAUGCUUUUUUGGGUUCUCAUACGCUUACAAUGUCGCUAAGAUUAUAUUUGGUUGCAAUUUUUGGGGGGCAAAAUACCUAUUUUGGAUGCAGUAGUUGUUAGCUAAAAUGCUAAUGCUCAUUGACAUAGGCUGUAGCAAAGUUAGUCGAAGGACAUUUUUACUGGUUGAAAUUUAAGUGUUUUUUAAGUAUAAUGCAGUUGAUGACACAAGCAUUAUAUUAAGCAGGACAUUCAUACGAGCCUUACAAUCCAAUUAUAAUCCAAAAGUAGUGUGAAAGGCACUCAUAAGCAACAUGUAAAUGGAGGCUUUAUUUGCUGGCGGUAUAUGAGAACUCCCCCGCGGUGGGGCAAUUUUUAUACCGACUCAGACUAUUACAACAUUUGUUUUUUUAUGAAUCUUCUUUAGGGUCUAGUCAGUUAACUCCAGAACCUGUCCAGGUUUUCCACUCCUGCUUCAGUGAGUUCAUGUCCAUGUGUCAUGUUUGGCCAUGGUGAAACAGGCUGAUAAACAGACUUUUCAUAGACUGCCUGACUGGCUUUGACCCUUGUGGCCUUCAGCUCUUAUUUACUGUAGCAGAGGUCUGAGAGAGAUGGUGAAUGGGGCCGUAACAACCACAGACCUGUAACACCUCAGCACCGACCGCCAGAGCAACCCUAUCUCACACACACACUCUACAUUCAGUCUCCCGGGGUAGGUUUGUUGGAGAUGUAGGCUGUUACAUCGUUCUGAGACCCGGAGUGAGGCAGGGAUCAGGUAACUAGUGGAAUGUAGAUACAGAAAACAGCAACGUGUGUGACUGUUGAAACAGGUUGUUAUUUAGCUGCUUAACGUUAUUAAAAGAAAGUGGAACUGCAAGAAAAAGAAAAUCGUACAAAUCUAGCUCAAUGGUGAAAAACUGUUAAGACGUUUCUGAAUGGUUGAGAGAGAGAGCGAUAGAGGGAGGGAUCCACUGAGGUCAUGGGAAGUAAUGCUGUGGCUUAAUGUGAGGGUUCAGUAGGAGGCACUCAUCUGUUUCUCCCCCUUCCAUCCUAUAGUGAGGAUGGAUAUAAUCCUGCAGUCAGACUUUCUCAGCACCUGGUGAUUAGAUCUCUCUGUGUCUCUCUCUGUGCCACUCUCUUUUUUUCACUCUCUCUAUUUCACACUCACUUUCACUGUGAGGCAGUGGGAUGUAGAUGGUUCGGCUAAAAGUGUUUAAUAACCAUGGUAACCAGUAACUGUGUGUGUGUGUACCGUGUGGUUGGCGUGGGGAUGUGUGUUCUGUGUGUUCCGUGUAGUGGAACCGUCCAUUUUUCACCUUGUCUCAUCGCUGUUAAAGUGCACAGGAGAGAGCUAGGAGUGAGCCAGGAGAGAGCCAGCCAAGGGCUGGGCCCUGUUAAGUAGGAGGGCUGUUGGAAUUUACUGGGCCUGCCUGCCUGAGUCACUGAGCGUACAAGCUCCCCUCUGACACAGCAACACACAGCUGGAUCUUACUGUCACAGCCCUUUACACACACAGAAAAACCUCAACACUAAAGAAACUAACAGGAUAAUUAAAUUCCCCCAGCCUGAAACAUCUGCUCAGUAAAUACAAGUUGUCUGUCUUUAGGGAGGUAAACAUUGUCGAUAGAUGUUUUAUCAUCAUCCUUUCUCAAUUCCUGUAAAAGAGAAUGUGUUCUUACUCUGUCAACCUACCUGGUAAAAUAAGGGUUAGUAAUAAUGAUAAUAACUAGGUGUAUUUCUUUAUUGUUUUAACUGCUGACACACUAUACCCUGUUGUGUACGUGCUUCAGGAAGCCAAGCCGAGCAGAGAGACGGAAGCAUUCCACUUCCUAAAUGUGUCCUCGGGUUACGCUGUUUCCUACAGCCUUAGUUAGCUCCUUAAUUAGCCCUCAUUAGUGGAGGAACAGCAGCUAAUGUGAUGUGGAGGAGAGAAUAUGCUCCCUGAUAACGGAUCUCAUUUACUGGGGUAUUAGGAUAUUAGUCCCCACAAUGGCCAGGUUGUUCUUUGUUAUCCAGAGAGGUUGAUCUAGGCCUAGGGUUUGAGGAGGCAGAGAGGCUUUUAUGUUUGUGAAGUCUAUUGGAUGGGGAUUGGUUGAUUCUGGGGAUACAUUAGAUGUACUAACUCACCUAGGUGGAGGUCACAGUUAUAAUUAAGCAUCCUAUUUGUUAAAGAGAAGUAACAUGAUAAGAUUAUGUAUUACAAUGGUGAUGUUUUAUAACAAUGGAGAGGAUCUUUGAUGUCCUUUUCUCAUGUUCUAAAUAGUUGCAUGUCCCUGUGUUUCAGUGAGGGAGGAGUGUGGUUCUGAUGGGGAGGAUGACGGCAGUACAGAUGCUCUGGUGGAGGAGAUACUGCAGCAGGGAGACACGACCAUCAUUUACCCAGAAGCCCCUGAGGACGAGCCACGACAGGGGACUCCUGAGGCCAGCGGACAUGACGAGAAUGGUACAAAGACACACACACACCUCACCUGCAGACCUUUCUCACACACAAACACACACACAACAUACACACACAUACCUCAAACCAUCGGUCGUCUGCUUAGUACAGGAUCAAAGUACCAGUUUUCAUUAAAUAGUGUCACUGAUUGGCCAUAGAUUCCACUCACUGAGUCAAGCUCAGCGCAGAGCAGGGAUAGCACACAGCCCACAAAAAAUACUUUGUACCUUGACACCCCCCCCAUCCCCUACAGGUGUUAUGCCGCCAGGCAACACCUUGAUUUGUUGUUCUGGCUUCCGUCUCUCCCUCUAAAGGUGUUAACUCCCCCCACAUUAACACACACGCGCACGUACGCACACACAUAGAGCUGUGAAUGGACACACACUGGGCUUUUAUGGCCUAAGGGAUUUUGGCUGUUACCUGUCAACCCCAGAGCGUUUGAAAACAGCAAACAGCAACACCUGAGCAAAUGUCUCACAUCUGUGUCAGUGAUGAUUCACUAGUACCUGGGUGAAAAUGUGUGUGUGUGUGUGUGUGUGUGCGUGCGUGCGAGACAUAAUGUGUGGUCAGGAGGGAGGCUUAAUACAUCACCUGUUAACAGGUAAUACUUUACCUGUGUGGGACCCACUGGAGCAGAAAACAACCCUGGGGAACUGGAGCUAGGUUUGCAUUAUGUCUCCUCACCAUGUUCUACUGUGUUUCCAGCAGGCUUUUAUUGAAUGUCUGGGCUUUCAUUUGAAACCAGUGGGUGUUUUUUGUUGUUGUUGAAAGAUAUACAGUGGGGAGAACAAGUAUUUGAUACACUGCCGAUUUUGCAGGUUUUCCUACUUACAAAGCAUGUAGAGGUCUGUAAUUUUUAUCAUAUGUACACUUCAACUGUGAGAGACGGAAUCUAAAACAAAAAUCCUGAAAAUCACAUUGUAUGAUUUUUAAGUAAUUCAUUUGCAUAUUAUUGCAUGACAUAAGUAUUUGAUACAUCAGAAAAGCAGAACUUAAUAUUUGGUACAGAAACCUUUGUUUGCAAUUACAGAGAUCAUACGUUUCCUGUAGGUCUUGACCAGGUUUGCACACACUGCAGCAGGGAUUUUGGCCAACUCCUCCAUACAGACCUUCUCCAGAUCCUUCAGGUUUCGGGGCUGUCGCUGGGCAAUACAGACUUUCAGCUCCCUCCAAAGAUUUUCUAAUGGGUUCAGGUCUGGAGACUGGCUAGGCCACUCCAGGACCUUGAGAUGCUUCUUACGGUGCCACUCCUUAGUUGCCCUGGCUGUGUGUUUCGGGUCGUUGUCAUGCUGGAAGACCCAGCCACGACCCAUCUUCAAUGCUCUUACUGAGGGAAGGAGGUUGUUGGCCAAGAUCUUGCGAUACAUGGCCCCAUCCAUCCUCCCCUCAAUACGGUGUCCCCUUUGCAGAAAAGCAUCCCCAAAGAAUUAUGUUUCCACCUCCAUGCUUCACGGUUGGGAUGGUGUUCUUGGGGUUGUACUCAUCCUUCUUCUUCCUCCAAACACGGCGAGUGGAGUUUAGACCAAAAAGCUCUAUUUUUGUCUCAUCAGACCACAUGACCUUCUCCCAUUCCUCCUCUGGAUCAUCCAGAUGGUCAUUGGCAAACUUCAGACGGGCCUGGACAUGCGCUGGCUUGAACAGGGGGACCUUGCGUGCGCUGCAGGAUUUUAAUCCAUGACGGCGUAGUGUGUUACUAAUGAUUUUCUUUGAGACUGUGGUCCCAGCUCUCUUCAGGUCAUUGACCAGGUCCUGCCGUGUAGUUCUGGGCUGAUCCCUCACCUUCCUCAUGAAUAUUGAUGCCCCACGAGGUGAGAUCUUGCAUGGAGCCCCAGACCGAGGGUGAUUGACCGUCAUCUUGAACUUCUUCCAUUUUCUAAUAAUUGCGCCAACAGUUGUUGCCUUCUCAACAAGCUGCUUGCCUAUUGUCCUGUAGCCCAUCCCAGCCUUGUGCAGGUCUACAAUUUUAUCCCUGAUGUCCUUACACAGCUCUCUGGUCUUGGCCAUUGUGGAGAGGUUGGAGUCUGUUUGAUUGAGUGUGUGGACAGGUGUAUUUUAUACAGGUAACGAGUUCAAACAGGUGCAGUUAAUACAGGUAAUGAGUGGAGAACAGGAGGGCUUCUUAAAGAAAAACUAACAGGUCUGUGAGAGCCGGAAUUCUUACUGGUUGGUAGGUGAUCAAAUACUUAUGUCAUGCAAUAAAAUGCAAAUUAAUUACUUAAAAAUCAUACAAUGUGAUUUUCUGGAUUUUUAGAUUCCGUCUCUCACAGUUGAAGUGUACCUAUGAUCAAAAUUACAGACCUCUACAUGCUUUGUAAGUAGGAAAACCUGCAAAAUCGCCAGUGUAUCAAAUACUUGUUCUCCCCACUGUAGGCUUAGAAUUCCAAUAUUUUACUAAUGUUUCUCAUGUAUACUAGUGCCGUUGAUUGCACAUUUACAACACCUGUUAUGUUAUUAAUGAAUAACCAACAGUAUCUAUCCAGCUCUAUUGAAUGCAAGUAAGAGUAUAUUGCAUCUGUCAUGUAGUUAGUGUGGAAACUGUGAGUCUUAAUAGAGGAUCGCUCAGUACCUGGUGAAAUAGGUAAAACAACAGUCCAGAGCUCCUGUGUCUAUCAAUCAUCCACAUCAAAUAACCCUUACUAUCUAUUGACCCUCUGAUUACUCUACAGAUUAGCCCCCUUUCCAUACUACACACACACACACACAAGCGCGCACACACACACACUACCCCCUGUCUUUCACUCACACACACACACACACACACACACACACACACACACACACACACACACGCUCACUCACGUGCUCCCUUCCUCUCGCUCUCUCUCCUCCCCCCCACCAGGCACUCCGGAUGCAUUCUCCCAGCUCCUCACCUGUCCCUACUGUGCCCGUGGCUACAAGCGCUACACAUCCCUGAAGGAGCACAUCAAGCUGCGCCACGAGAAGAGCGAGGACAACUUCAGCUGCUCCCAGUGCAGCUACACCUUCGCCUACCGCACUCAGCUGGAGAGACACAUGACGGCCCACAAAGCUAGCAGAGACCAGGUACCUAUCCAUAACAUAACACUAGAUAGAUACACAAAAAUAUCUGCUGUUUGUCAACUACUACGUGCAGCACUGUGUAGUGUAUGAAGGUUAUGUAGAUAAUGUGAUGUGAACUUUGUGUCCAAAACACAGGAAGUGGGAAAGUAGGCGUAUUCCCUCAUAGCUUAAUUUUGACCAUUUCAUAUCCUAGGAUUGGAUUUUUGGGGGCCAUUAUCUAAUAUUACUCUUGAAUAAAUGUUUACUAGUACAAAAUGAAUUUAUGUGUGACUGACCAUCCCCUCCCCACUCUCUUCCUUCGUCUGACAGAGGCAUGUGACGCAGUCGGGGGGCAACCGAAAAUUCAAGUGCACUGAAUGUGAAAAAGCUUUUAAGUACAAGCACCACCUGAAGGAGCACCUACGCAUCCACAGCGGUGAGUGGACCCCUCAGUCACCAUGGCAGCCCUGUGUGUGUGUGUGUGUGUGUGUGUUUGUGUUUGUGUUUGUUUGUGUGUUUGUGUAUGUGUAUUCUUUAAUGUGGAAAAAGGGUUGGGGUAAUUAUAGAAGUUAGUUUCUAUUCGCCACGCCAUCCGCCCAGAUGUUUCUGUUUCCAUCAAACAAAUAUUUAUGUUUAGUAACUCUGUGUAUUUAUGUGUCCUUGAUUGAGUUUCAUUGUGCUCUGUCCUAAUGUGACAUAAUUGUGUUUGUGUUGGCACGCCGGCCAACAAUUAAAGAGUAUUUCCCAAUGGUGCUAUUACCUCAGCGUUUAAGCAUUUUUGAAAUGCAUUAGACCCUUUUUCCCUGGGAGGUUUAUUAAUUCAUUUCUGCUCCUAAUGGAGGUAUUGCGUGUGUGUGUAUGUGUGUGUGUGUGUGUGUGUGUGUGUGUGUAUGGUUCUGUGUCUGUCCCUACAGGAGAGAAGCCAUACGAGUGCUCCAACUGUAAGAAGCGUUUCUCCCACUCGGGCUCCUACAGCUCCCACAUUAGCAGUAAGAAGUGCAUCGGUGUGAUCUCAGCAGUCAACGGCCGCCCCCGGCCCGGCGCCAAGACCUCCCAGUGCUCAUCCCCAGCCAUGCCCGCCUCGCCCUCCUCCACCACAACACGCACCCAGAUCCGGGACAAACCCUUGCAAGAACAACUACCCCUCAACCAGAUCAAGAGCGAGCCAAUGGACUACGAGUACAAGCCCAUGGUAGUGUCUCCAGCAGCGGGGGCGACAGGAGUGAACGGUCAUGGAGGAGGGGUGUUCAACGGGGGUGCGGCUGCCCCCCUGCAGGGCACGGUGCAUGCGGUGAUGCUCCCCACCAUGGGUCUGGUCUCUCCCAUCAGCAUCAACCUGGCAGACCUACAGAACGUCUUGAAGGUGAUUUGUAAAUUUGUAAUAGGACUAGAAAUAGUACUCCUAAUUUAAUAAUUUAUUUGUAAUUUAAGUACAGGAGAGACUGACUGCAGGAGAGACAUUUUAUAAGAAACAUGAAUGUGUUGAAAAUGCCAAAUUGUUUGCAUAGUCAACUUACACACAGCCCUGACACACACACCCCACCAGAUAUGCCACCAGGGGUCUUUUCACAGUCCCCAAAUCUAGAACAAAUUCAAGAAAGUGUACAGUAUUAUAUAGAGACAUUAUUGGAUAGAACUCUGUUCCAUCUCAUAUAUCUCAAAUGAACAGAAAACCUGGUUUAAAAAAACAGCAACACCUCACGGCACAACGCCUCUCCCCUAUUUUAUCUAGAUAUGUAUUCAUAUGUAGGCUGUGUGUGCCUUUUUUAAAAAUUGAUGUAGUUCUGUCCUUGAGCUGUUCGUGUCUAUUAAUGUUCUGUAUUAUGUCAUGUUUCAUGUUUUGUGUGGACUCCAGGAAGAGUAGCUGCUGCUUUUGCAACAGCUAAUGGGGAUCCUAAUAAAACACCAGAAUAACAAUACAACUUACAAUUAAUUAAAUACUUGUAAUGAGCUUGUUGUUGCUAUUUGUACAAUGAUUUGUUAAACAAUGAACAAACCAUUAUCAUCUUCAUUUUGAAGGUGGCGGUGGACGGUAACAUGAUCAGACAGAUGUUGCAGAACAACGCCAAGGCAGCGGGGACCGGCAUGGGGGCGACAGGCGUUCCUCACCAGCAGCUCAUCUCAGCCAUCAGUCUGCCCAUCAUGGGUCAGGAUGGCAACGCCACCAAAAUCAUCAUCAACUACAGCCUGGACCCCAGCCAGACCCAGACCCAGGCCCAGCUCCAGACCCAGACCCAGCUCACUGCCCAGAACCUGAAAAAGGAGCCCCAGACCCUGGCUACAACACCAGGCCAGGCCCAGGCCGCCACGGAGCCCUGCAGCAAGACCCAGCAGAAACUCCCAGAGGACCUGACAGUUAGCAGGCCCCCCAGGAGCAAAGAGGAGAAGAUGGAAGAGGAGACUACUAAGACCUGUCUGCUCUGUAACGACUGCCCCGACGGUCUGGACGCGCUCCACACACUCAAGCACUGUAAGAAAGCCUCAGGCCUCAGGAUCAAUGGGGACAAAUCAGAGUCUGCCAUCGAUUCGUUAUUGUCCGAGGGGUUCGGGGGCCAGCCCAAGAACCUUCUGUCUCUCCUCAAGGCCUACUUCACCUUAAACGUUGAGCCCACCAAGGAGGAGCUCAGCAAGAUCUCCGACUCAGUCAGCCUGCCUGCCGACGUAGUCAAGAAGUGGUUUGACAAGAUGCAGAGCGGUCAGGUCUCACUAGGGGCCCCGACACCUCCGUCUGAGGAAGAAGGGCCCUUGUCUGAGUGUGAUGGGGCCAUAGUUGUGUCCCCUAAACUAAGAUCAGAGCAGGACACAGAGGGCCCCACCCUGAUGCAGUCCAGCCCAGCUGAGGCCACUCCGGCUGAGGUUAAUGGCUCUGGGCGCUCCCCGGCCUCCCCCACACCACUAAACCUGACCACUGGGGGGCACGUCCCAACCAAACCAUCCUCUUCAGACAGCACUGAGGGCCCCCUGGACCUGUCGCUACCAAAGCCCACCCGAGAGGAGACCUCUUACCAAGCCACUGUUUACUCCCAUCAGGACAAACCCCUGAACUUGACGAAGACUUGCACAACCAAGAAAGAACUUCCGCUCUCUGCCGGCCACCAAGUGACUAGCCAACCCGUGUCCUUGUACACCGCCAGCCCAAAAAGUGCCAACCCCAUCAGCAUCAUGACCACUCAGCUGCCCAGCGGGACCAUCUAUGCCAUCACUGAUCAGGGCAGCGCGGGCGUGCCCUGCCUCCGAGCACUCACCACCAAUAACAACCAGACUAUUCUCAUCCCGCAGUUGGCCUACACCUAUACCACUACAGCUACAGCCAGCAGCCCUGCAGGGACAGAGACACAGGAGAAGACCACACUGCAGAUCAACGGCAUCAAGGUUUGUUAAUCAGUCGAUCAAUCAAUCAAUCAAUCAUUGAAAUGUAUUUAUAUAGCCCUUUUUCACAGCAGCAGUCACAAAGUGCUUUACAGUAACCCAGCUUAGAACCCUAAAGAGAAAGCAGCAGUUUACAUUUACGUUACAUUUUGGUCAUUUACAUAACAGAUGCUCUUAUUCAGUCAGUUGCAAGGAAAGCAUCUGUUGUGUGUGUGUGUAUGGCCUUAACUAUGUGUGUUUGAAUGUGUAUGCCGGUUAGAGAAAAUUAGCAUGUUACAUGGAAACAGUCUAGCAUGAUCGGUAUUGCAGGUGCAUUACUGAGAAUCAUGUUUUCUUGCUUAAGUCUCUCCUCUGGUAUGUUGCUGCUUGUUACUCAAUGACUAACUUCGCUCAGGUUUAGUGAGGGAGGAGGUGCUGGAAGAAUGGGAAGUUCUGAGGUGUAAUCAUUCCUCCUAUUUUUCAUUCUACCCGUGUCUUAUUUGUUUUGAGUGAAACAACAAGGCCCAGGACAGCUCCCUUCCUCAACACUUAGGAGUCAGUCUAUUGCCCCUUUAGUGCUUCAAUUCUCUUGGCUCUGUUCCACUGCAGCUCAGCCAUACUGAGAAGGUUAAGCUCCAUCUAUUGAGCUGGGAACUCUCCCAGCUGAAUGAGUUUCUCUCCUGUAGCUCUGGGUGGAGGCGGUGGUAUUUUGGCACCGCCGUCUGUGUCUCCUGUGAUGAACUGUUUUGUUUCAGCGCUGGGAGGAGGAGGAGAGGGGGAAAGGUGGACAGGACUCUAGUGAGAAGCCCUAGCUCUCCUCUCUUCUCGAUCAUUCUCUCUCUCAUGCUCUCUCUCUCUCUCUUCCCUUCUCUCUCAGGGAUGUAGGGAUAAAUAGUAGAAGGAUAUUAAAUGGGUAUUCGUGCUAGAGUAUACUGCCAAACAUUUCAAAAUGUGAAAUGACAAAGUAUUAGUGUCAAAAUGUUUUGACAAUGCUAUACAACAGAGGAAAAUGGCCUAAUACAUUACUCUACAUUAUACAGAAAGUGCAGAAUUCUGCCAGCAAACUCUAAUUCAGUGGUGAAGUCAGAGCCAAGACACGUAAUUAAUCCAUAAUGAUGGAUAGAUGUGUGAGAGCCAUCACUCCCCGAGCACAGCACUGAGCUGCUGCUGCUGUCAUCCAGCCAGAAGACAUGAGGCAGCACUUACUGUAGAGACAUAUUGAUCUGUAGGAAUCUGUUUAAACGCCCAGCCUCCUGUCUCACCAUUGAUUUAUUGUUGUUGUAUUAUGCUUUACUAUUAAAUGGAUUGGCAUAGAGCAUGCCUUGUUAAAACCCCUAACUGUACAUAAAGCUAUUAUAUAUCAGUUCCUUAAUGAUGCUGGUGCCUGCCGCACUUCCUCUCUCUCUCUGUGUCUCAUUGCUGAAUACUCGUCCCAAAUGGCACCUUAUUCCCUAUAUAGUGCACUACUUUUGAUCAGAGCUGUCAAAAGGGAAUAGGAUGCCGUGCCAUUUGCGACUCAGCCAUAUGCUCAUGAAGGGUUUUUACUCACCAUUGAUGAGUCAUGAUGAGGGUGAUGACUGGUUUUCAAGGCCAACACUCCAAGAUGGGAUGAUGUCAUCGUGAUGGUAUUUUUCACUCAGCCAAUAAAAGAGUAACUGUGAAAUUGUUAUGGCGAGGUUAUGGUUCCCUGAGAGCCAUAGACAGGAAGUGGUAUUAGUCAGCCUACCUACAGUACACCAUCCCUUCCUGAUACUCUAUUUUUCUUGGGAAACAGAAAGACACACCAAUGAACCACUUCCACUAAAUCAGUUCUAAAUCGCUUCCAGCUCCAUAUCACCUGUUUUGUAUUAUUGUCCUGCACAUUUUGUUUGCUGUUUUAAUCAGACAAUGAUACUACUUCUCCAGGCUUCUUCAUAACUGUAUUACUGUACUACUGUUACAAUUGAUACUUAAAAACAGUAGACAUUUUAAUACAUACAGUUGAAGUCGGAAGGUUGGAGUCAUUAAAACUCGUUUUUCAACCACUCCACACAUUUCUUGUUAACAAACUAUAGUUUUGGCAAGUCGUUUAGGACAUCUACUUUGUGCAUGACACAAGUAAUUUUUCCAACAAUUGUUUACAGACAGAUUAUUUGACUUAUAAUUCACUGUAUCAAAAUUCCAGUGGGUCAGAAGUUUACAUACACUAAGUUGACUGUGCCUUUAAACAGCUCGGAAAAUUCCAUAAAAUGAUGUCAUGGCUUUAGAAGCUUCUGAUAGGCUAAUUGACAUCAUUUUAGACAAUUGGAGGUGUACCUGUGGAUGUAUUUCAAGAACUACCUUCAAACUCAGUGCCUCUUUGCUUGACAUCAUGGGAAAAUCAAAAGAAAUCAGCCAAGACCUCCGAAAAAAUAUUGUAGACCUCCACAAGUCUGGUUCAUCCUUGGGAGCAAUUUCCAAACGCCUGAAGGUACCACAUUCAUCUGUACAAACAAUAGUACGCAAGUAUAAACACCAUGGGACCACACAGCCGUCAUACCGCUCAGGAAGGAGACGCGUUCUGUCUCCUAGAGAUGAACGUAAUUUGGUGCGAAAAGUGCAAAUCAAUCCCAGAACAACAGCAAAGGACCUUGUGAAGAUGCUGGAGGAAACAGGUACAAAAGUAUCUAUAUCCACAGUAAAAAUAGUCCUAUAUCGACAUAACCUGAAAGGCCGUUCAGCAAGGAAGAAGCCACUGCUCCAAAAGCACCAUAAAAAAGCCAGACUACGGUUUGCAACUGCACAUAGGGACAAAGAUCGUACUUUUUGGAGAAAUGUCCUCUGGUCUGAUGAAACAAAAAUAGAACUGUUUGGCCAUAAUGACCAUCGUUAUGUUUGGAGGAAAAAGGGGAAAGCACGGGGGUGGCAGCAUCAUGCUGUGGGGGUGCUUUGCUGCAGGAGGGACUGGUGCACUUCACAAAAUAGAUGGCAUCAUGAGGAAGGACAAUUAUGUGGAUAUAUUGAAGCAACAUCUCAAGACAUCAGUCAGGAAGUUAAAGCUUGGUCGCAAAUGGGUCUUCCAAAUGGACAAUGAUCCCAAGCAUACUUCCAAAGUUGUGGCAAAAUGGCUUAAGAACAACAAAGUCAAGGUAUUGGAGUGGCCAUCACAAAGCCCUGACCUCUAUCCUAUAGAACAUUUGUGGGCAGAACUGAAAAAGUGUGUGCGAGCAAGGAGGCCUACAAACCUGACUCAGACACACCAGCUCUGUCAGGACGAAUGGGCCACAAUUCACCCAACUUAUUGUGGGAAGCUUUUGGAAGGCUACCUGAAACGUUUGACCCAAGUUAAACAAUUUAAAGCCAAUGCUACCAAAUACUAAUUGAGUGUAUGUAAACUUCUGACCCACUGGGAAUGUGAUGAAAGAAAUAGAAGCUGAAAUAAAUCAGUCUCUCUACUAUUAUUCUGACAUUUCACAUUCUUAAAAUGAAGUGGUGAUCCUAACUGACCUAAGACAGGGAAUUUUUACUAGGAUUAAAUGUCAGGAAUUGUGAAAAACUGAGUUUAAAUAUAUUUGGCUAAGGUGUAUGUAAACUUCCAACUUCAACUGUAUAUCCACACAAAUUACAUAUCUAUGUUAUUCCUUUCUAUCCCCAGGAGGAGAGGCAGGACAUCAGCUCAGAGUGUUAUAAUAAUCACAUGAUUAUGUCUUUCUAAUACAUUAUAUAACAUACACACAGUUUAUUAGGUACACCAAUCUAGUACCGGGUCGGACCGCCUUUGCCUCCAGAACAGCCUGAAUUCUUCAGGACAUGGAUUCUUAAUUGGUAUCAAGGGACCUAAUGUGUGCCAGGAAAACAUUCCCCACACCAUUACAAAACCGUCACCAGCUUGUACCGUUGACACCAGGCAGGAUGGGGCCAUGGACUCAUGCUGCUUACACCAAAUCCUUACUCUGCCUUUAGCAUGACGCAUCAGGAACCGGGAGUCGUCCGACCAGGCAAUGUUUUUCCACACCUCAAUUGUCCAGUGUUGGUGAUCGCGUGCCCACUUGAGCCGCUUCUUCUUGUUUUUAGCUGAUAAGACCGGAACCCGGUGUGGUCGUCUGCUGCAAUAGCCCAUCCAUGACAAGGACCGACGGGUUUUGCGUUCCGAGAUGCCGUUCUGCACACGACUGUUUUACUGUGCCGUUAUUCGCCUGUUUGUGGCCAGCCUGUUAGCUUGCAUGAUUCUUGGCAUUCUCCUUCGACCUCUCAUCAAUGAGCUGUUUUUUCCCACAGGACUGCCGCUGACUGGAGGUUUUUGGUUUGUCGCAUCAUUCUCGGUAACCCUAGACACUGUCGUGCGUGGUAAGCCCAGGAGGUGAGCCGGUUGUGACAUACUGGAAUCGGCGCCUGGCACUGACAAUCAUACCAUGCUCAAAGUUGCUUAGGUCACUCGUUUUGCCCAUUCUAAUGUUCAAUCAAAGAGUAACUGAAUGCCUGUCUGCCUGCUUUAUAUAGUAAGCCACAGCCACAUGACUCACUGUCUGUAGGAGCGAACCAUUUUCGUGAAUGGGAUGGUGUACCUAAUAAACUGGCCACUGAGUUUAUAAUCACAUGUACACUACCAGUCAAAAGUUUGGACACACCUACUCAUUCAAGGGUUUUUCUUGUAGAAAAAUAGUGAAGACAUCGAAACUAUGAAAUAACACAUAUGGAAUCAUGUAGUAACCAAUAAAGUGUUAAACAAAUCAAAAUAUAUUUUAGAUUUAUAUUUUAUAUUUUAGAUUCUUCAAAUAGCCACCCUUUGCCUUGACGACAGCUUUGCACACUCUUGGCAUUCUCUCAACCAGCUUCAUGAGGUAGUCACCUGGAACACAUUUCAAUUAACAGGUGUGCCUUCUUAAAAGUUAAUUUGUGGAAUUUAUUUUCUACUUAAUGCAUUUGAACCAAUACGUUGUGUUGUGACAAGGUUGGGGGGUAUACAGAAGAUAGCCCUAUUUGGUAAAAGACCAUGUCCAUAUUAUUGCAAGAACAGCUCAAAUAAGCAAAGAUAAAUGACAUCAUUACUUUAAGACAUGAAGGUCAGUCAAUAGGUAAAAUUUCAAGAACUUUGAAAGUUUUUUCAAGUGCAGUCGCAAAAACCACCAAGUGCUAUGAUGAAACUGGCUCUCAUGAGGACCGCCACAGGAAUGGAAGACCCAGAGUUACCUCUGCUGCAGAGGAUAAGUUCAUUAGAGUUACCAGCCUCAGAAAAGUUCAAGUCACAGACAUAUCUCAACAUCAACUGUUCAGAGGGGACUGUGUGAAUCAGGCCUUCAUGGUCGAAUUGCUGCAAAUAAACCACUACUAAAGGACACCAAAAAGAAGAAGAGACCUGCUUGGGCCAAGAAACAUGAGCAAGAUUUUUGGUUCCAACCGCCGUGGUUUUGUGAGACGUGGUGUGGGUGAACGGAUGAUCUCCGCAUGUGUAUUUCCCCACCGUAAAGCAUGGAGGAGGAGAUGUUAUGGUGUGGGGGUGCUUAACCAGCACGGCUACCACAGCAUUCUGCAGCGAUACGCCAUCCCAUCUGGUUUGGGCUUAGUAGGACUAUUUGUUUUUCAACAAGACAAUGACCCAACACACCUCCAGGCUGUGUAAGAGCUAUUUUACCAAGAAGGAGAGUGAUUGAGUGCUGCAUCAGAUGACCUGGCCUUCACAAUCCCCCCGACCUCAACCCAAUUGAGAUGGUUUGGGAUGAGUCGGACGGCAGAGUGAUGGAAAAGCACCCAACAAGUGCUCAGCAUAUGUGGGAACUCCUUCAAGACUGUUGGAAAAGCAUUCCAGGUGAAGCUGAUUGAGAGAAUGCCAGGAGUGUGCAAAGCUGUCAUCAAGGCAAAGGGUGGCUACUUUGAAGAAUCUAAAAUAUAUUUUGAUUUAACACUUUUUUGGUUACUACAUGAUUCCAUAUGUGUUAUUUCAUAGUUUUGAUGUCUUCACUAUUAUUCUACAAUGUAGAAAAUAGUAAAAAUAAUGAUAAACCCUUGAAUGAGUAGGUGUGUCCAAACCUUUGACUGGUAGUGUAUAAGGGCUGCGGGGGUGUGUGCUACGUGUCUGCUUAUACUGUAAUUAGAAGUAUAACUAUAAGAAAUCUAAGAUGUGUCAAAUAAAUUAUAUCCAGCUCAGGACAAGCUAUGCAUUUGGUUUGCUAACUUGCUAGCUAAGUGUCUAGAUGUCAAGAUCAAGCUUCUUGGUUAUUUUGAUUUGUUUAACACUUUUUUGGUUACUACAUGAUUCCAUAUGUGUUAUUUCAUAGUUUUGAUGUCUUCACUAUUAUUCUACAAUGUAGAAAAUAGUAAAAAUAAUGAUAAACCCUUGAAUGAGUAGGUGUGUCCAAACCUUUGACUGGUAGUGUAUAAGGGCUGCGGGGGUGUGUGCUACGUGUCUGCUUAUACUGUAAUUAGAAGUAUAACUAUAAGAAAUCUAAGAUGUGUCAAAUAAAUUAUAUCCAGCUCAGGACAAGCUAUGCAUUUGGUUUGCUAACUUGCUAGCUAAGUGUCUAGAUGUCAAGAUCAAGCUUCUUGGUUAUUUUGAUUUGUUUAACACUUUUUUGGUUACUACAUGAUUCCAUAUGUGUUAUUUCAUAGUUUUUAUGUCUUCACUAUUAUUCUACAAUGUAGAAAAUAGUAAAAAUAAAGAAAAACCCUUGAAUGAGUAGGAGUGUCCAAACUUUUGACUGGUACUGUAUUUAUAUUUCUUGUUCAGGAGGAGCGUCAGGACACCAGCUCAGAGGGCGUGUCUACCAUAGAGGAGCAGAAUGACUCAGACUCCACCCCUUCCAGGAAGAAAAUGAGGAAGACGGAGAGUGGGAUGUACGCCUGCGACCUGUGUGACAAGAUCUUCCAGAAGAGCAGCUCUCUGCUCCGACAUAAAUACGAACACACAGGUAUGUCGGGGACUAGAUCAAUCAAACCUGGGUCAUGUUCAUUAGGGUGCAACCUAGCGAAUCACUUUGCAACUGAAAAUGAAAGUGAGUGUUUGUUAUUGGUUAAGUUUAGAUAGUACCUCCCCAUUUCAAACUGUUUUCUUACAUUUCGUACCUACUGAUUAUCAGCCUUACUGCACCUCCCCAGAGAGACCUCAGGGAAACAUGAGGCAAAGUGAAACUGAAGGGGGUAAUUUCAGAAAUCACACACUGACUGACUGCAGUGUUGUUAUUACUAUUAUAUAUUGCAGAAGGGUGGAGGACACCUCCAAUACACAUACACACAAUAUUGGGUAGCUAUUAUCCAAUACACACACAAACACAUACACAGACUCACUCAAACACACACACGCUGUAAGGCCUGGGAAUUGCUUUCUGCCAAGCUCCCCCUGCCAACCACAUUACCUUCCCAUAUGAAAUGUUAGAGGGAUGUUGCAAAAGAGCUCUGUUAGUAAUUUUACAUGAGAACAUGGGUAGUGUUGUGGCCAAGCACAGGUCAACCCACUCUGAGUUCUGUCUUUAUGACUUUGAUACCUGGCGUAGAAUCGCCAUUUUACAUCCAAGUGACUUCACUUAGCCUGGAACUACCCGUUCCUCUCGUUGGUGUAACGUUCAGCCUUCAACCCUGAAGCAUUUCUGGUCGGAUUGCUCUUUUGUUUUGUGUUGUUUUAAGAUAUUUCCCAUGGAUACGUGAAGAUAAAUAAUAUAGGUUUCACCGACCUUUGGCGCUAUAAUCAAAACCGUUUCACAAGCACAACUGCCUGGGGAAUUACAACAAUUUGACAGGUAUUUCUUAAGGAGAAGAUUUCACUCAACAAUAAUCCUGUCCUGAAUGUUUAAUCAAUUUUUGUCUGAGGUAUCUUUUUAUUUACUGUAUAUUUAUUUUCUCCCGUGCUACAGGCAAGAGACCCCACGAGUGCGGCAUCUGCAGGAAGGCCUUCAAACACAAGCACCACUUGAUAGAACACAUGCGUCUCCACUCCGGAGAGAAACCCUACCAGUGCGACAAGUGUGGCAAGCGCUUCUCUCACUCAGGCUCUUACUCCCAGCACAUGAACCACCGCUACUCCUAUUGCAAGAAGGAGGUGCAGGAAGGAGGUCAGGGAGGUGUAGAGGAGGAAGUUCUGGAGAUGGAGAGCCCCGUUGGGUUGGGCCUGGGAGGGGAGCAGCAGGAGCAGUCAGACAGCAGGCCCACCUCCUCUCCUCCCUCCCACCUGGACUCUGACGAGCGAGGGAGCAGCACCAGGGAGGACGAGGAGGAGAGCGAGGAGGAGGACAUGGAGACAGCGGCAGGGGAGGCGGUGGAGGGAGAUCCGGACAGUGUUCUGGAUAUGGAUGAUAUAAAAGUGGUGCGGAUAGGAGAUGAGGGAGGGGACGAGGAGGAAGAGGAGGAGGAGGGGGAGGGAGAGGGGGAAGACACUGUUCAGGAGGGGGGGGAGAAUGAGGAAGAGGAAGAGCAUGGAGUGAAGAGAGUUGUGGUAGGGGGUGAAGAGGAGGAAGAGGAAGGGGAGGGGAUAGUGGGGGUUGAAGUAAAGGAAGAGCAGGAGGAAGAGGAGGUUACGGGGGAAAAGGCAGAUACAAGGCAAAAAGAGGUGCAGGAGAACAGUGAGAAAGAGGAGGAACAUGGAGGAGAGAAGGAGCAGGCUGAGAAGAAGGUGGAGGAGGAGCAGUCAGAGCAGGCUGAGGAGGAGGCGAAGGAGGAGACGAUGGACACAGAGGAAAGAGUGACCUCAGAGGAGAAGGAAGAAUCAGGGGAGGUCAUGAAAGAGAAUGAAGGUGAAACAAACGGGAACACUGUUUCAGAAGACGAGAACCAGACACCGACCAGAGAGAAAGGAGAUACAAAA